UACGCCGUAAAAGUCGCACACGGCGAAGUAUCUUGGAAUGAUUUCCUCCUCAUCAUCGAUCGCAUACAUCCUAUCGUCUUCUCCUACCUCACAUUGCAUGUCAGUGAACUCACGCUUAGGCAGUCAUGUCACAGUGAAUAUGCAGUGAUACCAGAAUCUGUCAGUUCUUCUUUUCCUCUCUACUAGACUAUAAUCCAUAUAAACUCACAUGUGCUCACAUGCAAUUAUGCAAUCAUGGAUGCAAUCUGCUAAUUACUUCAUGAUGGAAUCAGAGAUAACCGGAUACCGGAAAAUUGGUGAAUUCCACUAUGAGUUAUCUGACAGUUGAAUUAAAGAUGCCACUUUAUGCUGACGCUCCACGCUUAUUUUUAGCGUCAAAAUAAGUCACGUGAUCAAAAUUGGCCUAGUUUCCACCGAAGAUUUAAUCUGGAUUAGAAUGUAAGAACCAACCAACUACAGUCGAGCAUUCCCCCUGUCGUUCGACUGUAACAGGGGAAUACUCAACUGUAGUUGAUUGAUUUGGAAGAUUAACUUAAUCGAAGUUGAUGAGACCGGGUCAAAGAUUUUAAUCCAGCUAGGAAUCCAAAAAACUUCUGAUGACAGUUGGUGAAAGAUGGUGAAAGAGGGAAAACUUUAAAAGUUGCUCGUGGAUAUUACGUGGAUAUUGUUUGCGACAACAAUCAUGUCGUCAGCGAUUCUUGUUAAGCGUCAGUUAACCAACGUGAUAAACAAAUUCAAAUUUGAGGAAUUGGAAAGUGCCGUGAUACCCGUUUUUCCAGAGACAUCGUGGGCUCGCGUUAGAUCCAAAUUGAUUAAGAAUCACAAGAAUUUUACGGUACUUAAUGUCGUGCACGUUAUCCGGGAUAUUCUUGACAAUGCAGAUUUAAGUUUGAAAGAUUUACAUGACAGAUUGACAACGUUAGAAGUAACAGAUAUAAGCAGACAUAGCCAUAGAAAAACAUGGUACGGAUACAAAUUGUCAGGAUUAAAUAGAGAGUUGAAGCAUCUUGAUAGACAAGAGAUAGAGGAAGGUAUCAAAGAGGAAUUUCAUUCUAAGGAUUUGGACGUGAACAUAAAAGCUAUAAUGUACGACAAUAUCAUGUUUAUAUCUGUCAAGGAGAAGAAAAAGAAAAAGAAAGUACAACACAUCACACCAACCUAUUUCGCCUUGUUUUUCGAACAAAAAUAUUUUUUUUGCUCAAAGAAGAAUGUAUCAAUUGAAUAUAUAAAAGUGAUAGCUAGCAACCUAGGUUAUAAUAAUAGUAAAAGAAUCAAACUGAUGGGCAGGGACCUCAAAUCUUUAAUAAAAUUAUUAUGGAUUAAACAACAAAAUGUUUUACAAGCUGAAGAUAUUAGUCAACCACCUGUUUACCAACCAUCUGAACCUGUCGUCAGUAAUAAUGGCGUGGAUUAUACGCAGAGCAAGCAACGAAAAAAAUAUGCAGAACAGUGUUUCGGCAAAGAUCCUCCGAUUCUAGAGAAGCUCAUUAUAAAGGGGUCAGAGGAAUCUAUAAAACAUGACAGUGUAGCUUCGAAGUUGCCUAAUAAUACUAUACGUAUGAACUGGGAAUUUCGUAGUCGCAACAUGGCAUUCCUUGUGUGGUACAACAAAGUUUGGAUUACCCGUUAGCCUACGGACAUUCUCCUCGGCUGUUUCCAAAGGUUUC